GCGAAACAAUAGUCGGUAAGAAUGUUCCCUCUGAUCUCUUCUCUGUGGCAAAAGGCCAUUUUCCAACCAUCCUCCUCUACUUGCUCGACAUGAGAAGUGAGAACAAACAGAAGUGGAAGGUAGAAGAAGUUUUGUGUUGGAAAUACGAUGGGGUCUGCGAUUUACUACAAAAACAUUCAUAAAAAGUUAAUGAUGAGUAGUAUGAGUAAAGCCUACUCUUAGAAAACUAUUAAUUUUGGAAUCCUUCAAUGCUUGAAACAACAAGUCACUGGCUCGUAAUCGUCUUAAGGUCAUCAAGCAAUUUACACUUAACACUAAAGGAUUUGAAAUCCCACAAAAUCUUAUCUCAGCUAAAUUAAAAAAAUAUUAUAAACUACUUGGAAACUUCCACUAGAUAUUAUUUUAACAAAAUGGAUUCUACUCAGUCGGAUCGUUCCCUAUCUGGCAUAUCACUGCCACAGUGGAUGAAGUCAAAGAUAUCAGACAGAUAUGACUUGGACCAAACAGCUUUCUCGCCACCAAAUGAAGACGACAGUUUUUUUUUCAUCCGUUACCCGAAGGCCAAAAGUCUUGAGCCUACCUCCUCUACACCUUCAGCUUCUGUUUCUCAUAAAGGUCAAAUCAACUACUUAGCACUUGGAGAAGUUCUGCAGAAUCACACUGUGCCGUGUCGCCAAUUCAUCCCGGAAGCUAAAGCCACGCCACACGAGCUGGGCAUGCGCAAAGGAGCCGAGCCGCCACUGGGGCGCAUCAAGUCGACGGGCACCGAUGAUGGCUUCACGGGCGAGGGCGCCGCAUGCGGCCACUCAGUGGUCGCCGUCGCACACCACAUGAUCAGUGGCAAGCUACUGCAUGCCGAUGAGUCGCACAAGACCAAGCCGCAGCGUCAGCGUCGCAACAGCCGCUCGCUGCCCGCGUCGCCACACGGAUCGCCCAAGCUCAUCAAGAAGAACCCCUUCUUCACCAGUCCCUUGUUGGGCUCAAACGAGAUGCUACAGAAAUCAGACAUCAAAUUCGGGAGUGGUCCGGUGGCUGCAUGUGAUGGUCAAAACAAGCAAGGCUGGCUCAUGAACAUUGUUAGUAGAAAUGGAUCAAAAGAAGAACUUUUCUCUGGAACGGAUGACCUUCCGAUCAUUCCAGAUUUGGAAGAAAGCCUUGAACUGCUGAACAUCAACAAAGAGAAAGCUUCAUCUCCCACGUACAAAGCAAAACCAUCACAACUCCGAGAAAUGAAUUUUUGGUCUCCCACUUCCAUGUAAUCGAAUUAUCAUUUCACAUCACAUUUGAGAAUCUGAUCCUCGACUAAAAAGACACAUUGUAAUAAAUUUGUUUCAAGUUAAGACUUUGGAAUAGUUUCCUAUUCGUGUGUGGGUGGAUUGUUCUGUACUAUUCUAAAAGGAUUUAUUUGUUGCUCUGAUUUUUUACUUUUUUAAGCAUGUAAUAAUGACAUAUGUAUAUUUUGCAUGGAUACCCUAUGCUCGAAAGUAUUGUUUACUGUAAUAGAUAAUCUUAUCAAUCUUUCAAAUUUGUGAAUUAAUUUUCCAAACUAGUGACCCCGACUGAAAUACAAUAAAUUCAAAAUUUAGAGACCUAAGAUCUGUAUUUCAGCCAGCUGAUUGUUGUUCAUGUCUAGUUUAUUUGUUGUAACUUAUAAAAUAAGGUAUUGUUGAAUCUUUUUGAAAUUUGAGGCAGAAGAAUUGAAGGUCUCAUUUGAAAAUGAAAUCGUCAAACCAUAUCAAAGCUUUCAUUCAAAAAUAAUUUAUAAUCAUCGAUUAAUACCCACUUUUGAGUGAGAGUUGAUGUUUUUAUUGAAGAAUUAUUUUAACGAGAUUUCAUCCUGAAAUUCAACGAUUGCUUAGAAUUCAUUCAAUUUUAUUCUGAUUGAUGAUCCUAGACUCUUGAGGUAUUUCUGUGUUGAAUUUUCAACUAAGAAAAAUAUUUUAGAACUAUUGCAGCGAAUAGAACUGAACAUUUGAUUUUUUUAUUUAAAUUGAUCUUUCUUGAAUUAUUUUGUCUCAUCUCGCAAAAAGCUUACCAUAUCCACAUUUUUAAGUAAUUUCAAAUAAAAGGAGGAUAUUAUAGUGUUAAAAGUAUAGUUAGUUUUGAAAAUAAGCUUGCCCCUUGCAUUUGUGUUAUUCAUUUUAGCUUUAUUUAAUAUAUUAUUUAAAGUAUUAAGAGUACUUGAAUUUUAGUAUUAUUAAACAUUUUAUUUGUCAUAAAGUUAUAAGAUUUUUGCUCCAUCAAAACUUAUGUUUAAAAUCAUUCAUUAUGUUGGGUAGCAAGUUAGAUUAAAGUAACAAAUACAAAAACGUCUAUUUUUAUAAAACAAUAAAUUUUGGCUUUUCAUCUUUAUACUUUUUUGCACUUAUAGUAUCAAUGUCUUGAUUUUGGUUGCAGAUAAUUCUACUUUUAUGAUUAAUUGUAUCCAAUAAAAUUAAUUUAAGUACAUCA